GAACCGAUUCGCGGAAAUGGGUCGGACUUCCCUCUGUAGCGUGUGUAUGUGUGUGAGAGAGUGUGUGUGUGUGAGUUCACCGUUGCGCACUGGCCGUGACUUUGGAUUAAGCGUGAACCAUCUGGAACUGCUGCUCUGGCACUAGAGCUUUUCUCCGCGUAAAACACGCUUUCUGAAAUCUGUACAGAAGUUCUGGAAAUGGCUGUGAAGCGAGAAGCGACGCGAAAUCCAUCGACGGCUAAACGGCUUCCCUGGGUUUCGCUGACGUCACCAUCGCUUCACUGAAGAUGGACACACUGGAGUCGGAGUUGACUUGCCCAAUCUGUCUGGAGCUUUUCGAGGAUCCUCUGCUGCUGCCCUGCGCCCACAGCCUGUGCUUCAACUGCGCCCACCGCAUCCUGGUGUCCCACUGCAGCUCAUUCGACGAGUCCAGCAAACCGUACUCCGCCUUCCAGUGUCCCACCUGUCGCUAUGUCAUCACCCUCGACCAGCAGGGUCUAGACGGCCUCAAGCGCAACGUCACUCUGCAGAACAUCAUCGACCGCUUCCAGAAGGCCUCUCUGAGCGGGCCCAACUCGCCGACCGAGACCCGGCGCUGCCAGUUCCCUCCGGCCGUGGAUGACGGCAGGGCCAUGAGUUCACCGUGCGAGGCGGUGCAGUGCCAGUUCUGCGAGCAGGACCCGCCGCAGGAGGCGGUGAAGACCUGCGUCACCUGCGAGGUUUCCUACUGCCAGGAAUGCCUGCGUGCGACUCACCCCAACAAGAAGCCCUUCACCGGACACCGGCUGACGGAGCCCGUGCCGGACGCGCGUCUCCGAGGACUGGCCUGUCCCGAGCACGGAGAGGAGAAGGUCAACAUGUACUGCGUGACGGACGAGCAGCUGAUCUGCUCUCUGUGCAAGCUGGUGGGGCAUCACCGCGAACACCAGGUGGCGGCGCUGGGGGAGCGAUUCGACAAGCUGAAGCAAAUGUUGGAUUCCAACCUCAGCAAUUUGAUCAAGAGGAACAGCGAGCUGGAAAACCUCAUGGGGAAGUUGAUCCAGACGUGCCAACAUGUGGAGCACAACGCGGCUCAUCAGGAGAGCAAACUGACGGAAGAGUGUGACACGCUGAUCAACAUCGUACAGCAGAGGAGACAAAUCAUCGGGACCAAAAUAAAAGAGGGAAAAGUGGUUCGGCUGAGAAAGCUAGCUCAACAGAUAGCUAACUGCAAACAGUUUGUGGAGAGAUCGUCCUCCCUCAUCGCUCAAGCGGAUCAGGCUCUGAAAGAGACCGAUCAUGCUCGAUUCCUACAGACUGCAAAGAGCAUCUCAGAGAGAGUCUCAAUGGCAACAGCGUCCUCACAGGUCCUGAUUCCGGAGAUCAACCUGAAUGACGCGUUUGACGCAUUCGCACUGGACUUUUCCAGAGAGAAGAAGAUGCUGGAAGGUCUGGAUUAUCUCACAGCUCCGAAUGCUCCCACCAUCCGCGAGGAGCUUUGCACGGCAUCUCACGACACCAUCACAGUCCACUGGACAUCAGAGGAUGAAUUCAGCGUGGUUUCAUAUGAACUCCAGUAUACCAUCUCCACCGGCCAGGCUAAUGUUGUCAGUCUGUGUAACUCGAUGGACAGCUGGAUGAUCGUGCCCAACAUUAAGCAGAACCACUACACCGUUCACGGCCUGCAGAGCGGAACCAGGUACAUCUUCAUCGUGAAGGCCAUGAAUCAGGCCGGGAGCCGCAGCAGUCCGCCGGGAAAACUCAAGACAAACAGUCAGCCGUUUAAGCUUGACCCCAAGUCGGCCCACAGGAAGUUAAAGGUCUCGCAUGACAAUCUGACGGUGGAGCGGGACGAAGCCUCGUCCAUGAAGAGCCACGCUCAGGACCGCUUCGGCGGCACGGGGAACUACGGCGUCACGGGGAACGUGUACAUCGACAGCGGGCGGCACUACUGGGAGGUUCUGAUUGGAGGGAGCACAUGGUUUGCCAUUGGCAUCGCAUAUAAAUCUGCUCCCAAACACGGCUGGGUCGGUAAGGACUCGGCGUCGUGGGUCUUGAGCCGCUGCAACACCUCGUGGGCCGUGCGUCACAACAGUAAAGAGUUUCCCAUCGAACCGUCCCCUCACAUGCGGCGUCUGGGCGUCCUGCUGGACUACGACUCCGGCUCUCUGGCGUUCUACGACGCCGCGGGAACACAGCACCUCUACACCUUCGACAUCGCCUUCUCACAGCCCAUCUGCCCCGUCUUCAGCGUGUGGAACAAGUGCUUGACCGUCCUGACGGGGCUGCCCAUUCCUGACCACUUAGAGAUCAGUGACCCGCACGACUGAAGCCGUUACACCUGCUGUUAACAUGCAUCUCAGAUGAAGGGUUGUGUACCAGAACCGACUCAAAAACACACAUGCCACUCUCAUACCUAAAACACACAUUUUCAGUACACACAUUUCAGUCAAUUUAUGCAAUAUGUCGAACCUUUAAACCACCGGAGAAAAAUCAAUCUGCGGAAAGAGUUUACAAGGAGCCCAAUUCUGCUGGAAAACCACAAACUUGGCAGAUUUAAAGGGAUAUUUCACAUCAAAAUGAAAGUUGUGAUGAUUUCCUCACUCUUGUCGUUCCAAACCCGUAAGACUUUCCUUCAUCUUUGAAACACAAAUGAAGAUUUUUUUAAUGAAAUCUGAGAAACAUUCAUAAAGAGCUGGUAAAAUUUACCGCUCUAAACAUAUGGAUUUAUUUUACCGUCUCUUUAUGAAUGUUUGCAAGCGAGUUUUGUUUGAACAGACUUUCAAUGGAGGGACGGAAAUCUGUCAGAUUUCAUUAAAAUAUCUUCAUUUGUGUUUCGAAGAUGAAGGAAAGUGUUAUGGAGUAAAUGAUGGCAGAAUUAUCAUUUUUGGGUGAAUGUCCCUUCAAGGCAGGACACUACAGGCAAAUAUAUUGUUUUUUAUUUUCAUGCACUGCUCAAUAUCAAGAUUUUGGGCUGUUUUGGCUUUUUUUUUCCAGACUAGUGGAAAGAAAACAUCAAAAAUGCACUUUUAAGUGUUUAUUUUAUUGCACUUUAUCUGUUUGCAUCUGUAAGUUUUAAUUUGCGUCAAAUCUUCACUUCAUCAGCUUUACAUUCACAAACUUUACAGUUUCUUUCAUAUCUAUAUUCUGAAGCUUUGUUCAUGUAUCAUUCGCCUGAUUUAUAGAACAUUUCAUUCCUAAAAACAUGAUGAAAAUAAAUUUUUCUUCUGUCUGUUGACAGUAUUUUCUGGUUUCUGGAGUGAUGAAGAGAAUCCUCUCUGGAAAAACCUUUUAAUAUGUCAACAAAAUCAAACAGGAAUGAUGAAUCUGGCUUUAUACAAAGUUCAGAUUUCUGCUCUGGAAAUGUAUGCAAAUGAGUGCAUAUUUAAUUAGAUAAUGCCUCAUUUGCAUAUUUACAUUUCAGAAAAUGUUUGCAGUUCUUAAUAUAAUCAAUCAUCUGAGCGAUUCCGAUGAUAUAUUUUACUGAACGUGAUAAUUUGAGAUGGAUGUUAAUACGGGGUAAACCAGGCUCCUGCAGAACUGGACCAGAAUCUCUGUUUGCCUGUAAGAAAAUCCCACAACACUGUUCCCGGGUUCACCUAAUAAUAAUCGCUUGACCUACAUUCCAUAAUUAAGCACCUUGAAUCGUAAUAGUUGUCAUCCGAGCAGAAUUAUUUAUGACUCUUCUGUCUCCUGCACCUCGAGUCACUUUAUUUACUCAUUCUUUAGGGUUUUAGCGUCUGUGUAAGAUUGUGUGCGAACACCAAAUUCAUGAGAUGGAAUCAGCGCUGACACUCACAUGAUUUACUGUUGUGAUCCUGCUCCCGUGUGACUGACUGGUGCUCUUCUCGGCUGUGUUCGGAAUGGAAUACUAGCUUACUGCGUACUCAAUACUGUGAGCUAAACUCUGUUAGCUGGGAAAUAAAGUUAUUUUACAGUUUAUUUCUUAUAACAAUUGGAUUAUGUAAUUAUAGGGGUUAUAUGUAGAAUUCAGAAAGCCUUGUUUUUAGCAACACCGGUGGCUGUUAAGUGAACUGCAGCAGCAAAUUACUGCUCAUGCACACGUGACUUUCAAGAGACUGAACGUGAUUCAAGGCCUGAUAUACUCACAGCAAAGGGCUUUAUAGAAGCUGGUUUUCGCCACUGAAUAAAAAAUAUGAUAUAAA